AUGCCGACCACACCCCUGCCCCCAUGGUGUAAGACGGAAAGACAAGAGAAAGAAGAGUGUGGAAAAGAAGCAGGAAGAAAGGAAGUCCAUGCUUUCACCGACAGUUCACCAGAGGUCUUGGAGAGCAAAGAGCCUCCUAGCGAGCAGAGAACUCCAGGUCCCCUUGGGGUGAGCAGUGUGGAGAAAUGGCUUCUCUCCCAGGAGUGCACGGAACACCGCAAUCUGCAGGCAGGCAGUUUCAAAAGUGUAUGGAUGGUGCUUCUGUUUGGAAUCGGGUGUACGGUGGAAAGCGCGAGCUGCCCAAAGGAAUGCACCUGCCAGUAUCUUGCCGUCAACUGCACGGGGAAGCAUCUGGAAGAAUUCCCGGCCGCCGUCCCCCUGGACACUAGGCAGCUGGUUUUGGCGCACAACAAGCUCGGCUAUUUGCCACCCGUGGAUCUGAACUUCCUCAGCGACUUGAUCUACCUCGAUUGCAGUGACAAUGCGCUGGGUGAGGACUUGGACUUCCUCUUUGUCAGCCUCAUCAAGCUGGUCUACUUGGACCUCAGCUUCAACAACCUCACCCAGGUCACCUUCAAUUCCUUUUCCCAGCUCGGUAGCCUGGUGGUGCUGAAACUCUCGGACAACCCCAGCCUGGUGGAGAUUGAGAAGGACUCCUUUGCCAACAACACCUGGCUGAGACACCUGGAUGUCAGCCGCUGCAGCUUGACAUUCAUCGACACAAGCGUUGUCCGAGACCUGCCCAAUUUGAGACGCCUUGGCUUAAGUGGAAAUCCCUGGUUUUGUAACUGCUCCUAUGUGGAACUGUUUGACUGGAUGAAAGAGAGCGGAGUAACUUUUCUAGACUCAGACAACACCACCUGCUACAGCCCGGCUUUCAUGCACGGCUUGAGCAUGCUGGAAGGGGGUCCAGAACAGCUCCAUUACAAGUGCUUCAUCCAUUUUGAGGACCGAGAUUAUCUCUUUUUGGGUCUGGUCGGCUUGUGCAUCUUCUCAGCAGGCACAGUGUUGGCUUGGCUCUUGGGGGUCUGUGCAGUCAUAUAUGCAUGCUUGACUCCCACUAAUGAGGAGGAGGAAGAGGAUGAGGAAACAGGUCACUAG